UAUCGUGCUCGACCAGCCGCGCCGGCGACUGAUGGUGCCAAAACACCAUUGCAGCCCAAGUCAAUAAACGCAUUGGAUCGACUUUCAAAACCAUUCAAAUGCCCAGGAUCAGCCACUUACCAACGAGUAUCGGAAAAACCAUCAAGGAAGCGACGAAAGGUUAAUUAUGCAGAUGCAGACGGCAGCACUGAGGAUGGUGCGGAGAAGCCAUACACAAACGAUGAUCGAUUGGCGCUGGCAACUCGAGAGGUGAACAAGUUCCCCGUGUUUAAACCCAAGGACAAGGAUGCAGCCUUCCGACAAAAGUUCUCUAUUCCUUUUAUCAAUAAAUCCUCCGACGAAUACAACCCCGGUCGCGUAGCGCCAACCUUGGGCAUGCGGCAGGGCGCGACUUUUGUUGUUAAACCAUUGCAUGACCCCAGCGGGGAGCUUGCGAUUGUACUUUAUGACCCGACCGUUGACGAUAUCGACGAGCCCAAGGAUCCGGCAGCACCAAAGGAAGACGAGGGCCCGAAGAUCGAGGAACCGCUGGAACAUAAGAGCUUGGCAGAUAUUCUUGGGUUGAAAAAGAAAGUGGAAGAGCGACCUAAGGUGCCGGUAGUAAUAGACCCCAGACUGGCAAAGGUUCUCCGGCCACAUCAAGUGGAGGGUGUGAAGUUCAUGUAUCGAUGUACAACCGGAAUGGUCGAUAAGAAUGCCAAUGGUUGCAUUAUGGCGGAUGGUAUGGGGUUGGGUAAAACGCUCCAAUGUAUUGCAUUGAUGUGGACAUUAAUAAAGCAAGACCCGGAGGCUGGCAGAACAACCAUUAAAAAGUGUGUGAUCGCCUGUCCGUCCAGUUUAGUCGGCAACUGGGCAAAUGAAUUGGGAAAAUGGCUUGGAAAAGAUGCGACGACUCCAUUUGCAAUCGACGGGAAAGCUUCCAAGGCCGAGCUCAUGCUUCAGAUUAAGCAAUGGGCAGUCGCAUCAGGCCGUGGAAUCGUUCGACCCGUCCUAAUUGUAUCCUACGAAACGCUCCGCCUUUAUGCUGAUUUACUGAAAGACACACCGAUUGGGCUUCUAUUAUGUGACGAGGGUCACCGACUCAAAAAUAAGGAUAGCUUAACAUGGACGGCCUUGAACAGCCUUAACGUGAGCCGUCGGGUCAUCCUUUCCGGCACACCUAUUCAAAACGACUUAUCGGAGUAUUUUGCUCUACUUCACUUUGCUAACCCCAACCUACUGGGAUCUCAAGCCGAUUUCCGCAAGAGAUUUGAGUUGCCCAUUCUACGUGGCCGAGAUGCUGCAGGUACUGAAGAAGCUCGAAAGCUAGGUGAUGAACGUCUCACAGAACUAUCUGGUAUUGUGAACAAAUUCAUCAUCCGCCGAAGCAACGAACUGUUGUCAAAAUACCUGCCUCUCAAAUAUGAGCACGUUGUGUUUUGUAACAUGGCCCCAUUCCAAUUGACUCUGUACAAUCACUUCAUCCAGAGUCCGGAGAUUCGAAGUCUGCUUCGAGGCAAAGGCAGUCAACCAUUAAAAGCUAUUGGUAUCUUGAAGAAGCUUUGUAAUCACCCAGAUCUUCUGGAUCUUGCAAAGGAUCUUCCAGGGUGUGAGGACGAAUACCCUGAGGAUUACACCCCACCGGAAGCUCGAGGACGCGACAGAGAAGUGAAGAGCUGGUACUCUGGUAAAAUGAUGGUGCUUGAUCGCAUGCUUGCUCGGAUCCGUCAAGAUACCAACGACAAAAUUGUUCUUAUCAGCAAUUACACUCAGACUUUGGAUUUGUUUGAGCGACUUUGCCGGUCGCGUGGGUAUGGAAAUUUGCGGCUGGAUGGCACUAUGCCCAUCAAGAAGAGGCAAAAGCUGGUCGACAAAUUCAACGAUCCUGACGGCCCUGAGUUUGUGUUCCUCCUCAGUAGUAAGGCUGGUGGAUGUGGCCUGAACUUGAUUGGUGCGAACAGACUUGUUUUGUUCGACCCUGAUUGGAAUCCGGCUGCAGAUCAGCAGGCAUUGGCCCGUGUGUGGCGUGACGGACAAAAGAAGGACUGUUUCGUUUAUCGCUUCAUUGCAACUGGAUCUAUUGAGGAGAAGAUCUUCCAGCGCCAGUCGCACAAGCAAUCUCUUUCGUCUUGCGUCGUGGACUCGGCAGAGGAUGUCGAGCGCCAUUUCUCUUUGGAGUCGCUGCGAGAACUUUUCCAGUUCAAACCUGAGACUCGCAGUGAUACACAUGAUACAUUCAAGUGCAAACGAUGCCGACCGGAUGGAACGCAAAUUGUCAAAGCUCCAGCGAUGCUUUAUGGCGAUACAAGCUCAUGGAACCAUUUAGUCAAUACUGGAGAGCAGGGACCGCUUGGCAAAAUUCAAGACUUGCUCAUGCGGCAGGAGGCUGGCGAACGGGAUGUCUCUGCUCUUUUCCAGUAUAUCAGCCAUUGA